CAUCAUCCAUUUAGACAAGCCCUCUAAUGGACCCUUGUAUUCAAAAGUAAUCCCAAUAACAUAUUUUCAUAUCAAAGUGAAUCAAGACUAAAGCUUUCUCUAUUCCCCAUGCAUUUUUUUCUCUUGCCAAUCACUCGAAAUAGCAUAACUCACACGCACAACUAUUGAUUCUUCAUUUUCACCCUUCUCUCUUGAGUCUCUCUCACAUACAGUCUCUGCUUUGUGAGUUUGGGAGUAGGGUUUUAGAUUUUGAAUUUCCUUCUCAUAGAUAGUGUAGAACUGGCAAACUCAUUGAAAGUUUCUCCAAUGGAUGUUUUCAAGAAUUCAUACUUGGUUCUUCUUCUUCUUCAUCUUCUUGCUACCUCUUACAUGGCACUGGUUGUUUCUUCAGCCAUUGACCCAUUCUCAGACGCACUUCUGAGCUUAAAAUCCGAGCUAGUUGAUGAUACUAACAGUUUGGGAGAUUGGUCCAUUCCAUCUGGACAAAACCCAUCACAGGAAACAACAAUAUUGGCAUGUUCUUGGUCUGGUGUGAUCUGUGACAAGAAUUCAACUAUGGUUAUUGGACUGGACUUAUCCAUGAAGAAGCUUGGCGGAAGGUUAUCAGGACGGCAGUUCAGUCUCUUCACUGACCUAGUUGAACUCAACCUCAGUGAUAACUCUCUUUCAGAGAAUCUCCCGAUUCAGAUCUUCAAUCUCACCAAUCUAAGAACAUUAGACAUAAGCAUGAACAAUUUUUCAGGAAAUUUCCCAAAUGGGUCCUCCAACAUGCAUCACCUGGUUGUUCUAGAUGCUUUCAGCAACAGCUUUUCCGGGUCAUUACCGGCGGAGGUUUCUCAGAUUGAGACGUUAAAGGUGUUGAACUUAGCUGGGAGUUACUUCAGUGGCUCGAUCCCUUCACAGUACGGCUCGUUCAAGAAACUUGAGUAUAUUCACUUGGCCGGAAAUUCCUUAACCGGCAAAAUUCCGCCGGAGUUGGGUCAGCUUUCAAUGGUGACCCAUAUGGAGAUUGGGUAUAAUUCUUAUGAAGGAAGUAUUCCAUGGCAAAUGGGGAACAUGAGAGAGAUUCAGUAUCUUGACAUUGCUGGUGCUAACUUGUCUGGUUCGAUUCCGAAUGAAUUUGGUAACUUGACGAAGCUUAAGUCACUUUUCCUCUUCAGAAAUCAGUUUACAGGCUUUGUUCCGGCUGAAUUGAGUAAUAUCUCGACUCUUAUUGAUUUGGAUCUUUCUGAUAAUCAACUUUCUGGGUCAAUUCCAGAGAGGUUUUCAGAGCUGAAGAACCUUAAACUUCUCAGUCUCAUGUGUAAUAACAUGGGUGGGAUUUUCCCAGAAGGAAUUGCUCUUCUUCCUUCUCUGGAAUCUCUUCUGAUAUGGAACAAUUUCUUUCAUGGCUCAAUUCCAGAAAGCUUGGGAAGAAGUUCUAAGCUUAAAUGGGUUGAUAUCUCAACCAAUAAUUUCACUGGGAGUAUACCACCUGACAUCUGUUCAAACGGAUCUUUACUCAAAUUAAUCCUCUUUUCCAACAAUUUCUCUGGCGAAAUCUCCGAUUCUCUUGCUAACUGUUCUUCCCUGGUUCGAGUCCGAUUCGAGAACAAUCGUUUCUCAGGUGAUAUCUCUUUCAAUUUCAUCAAUCUCCCAAAUCUUACAUACAUUGAUAUCUCUAGGAAUAGUUUCACCGGUGGGAUCCCUUUAGAUCUUUCAAAUGCAUCAACUCUUCAAUACUUUAAUGUUUCUAACAAUCCACUUUUGGAAGGUUCUCUGCCGGAAAAUAUAUUUUCACUUCCAUUUCUUCAGAAUUUCUCAGCUUUCUCUUGUGGGAUUAAGGGAAAAAUCCCACCUUUCAAUUCCUGUGAGUCACUUUCUAUCAUUGAAUUGAACUCAAAUCACUUAUCCGGUUCAAUCACAGAAACCAUAUCCCAUUGCCAAGUUCUCGAGACUAUAAACUUAUCCAGCAACAACUUAACCGGCCACUUGCCUGAGGAGUUUGCUUCUCUGCCAGUUCUAUCUGUUCUAGACCUUUCACAUAACCAAUUAAACGGUCAAAUUCCAAAUAAGUUCAUAAAUUCUUCAAAUCUAAAACUUCUCAAUCUUUCCUUCAACCAAAUCUCCGGUUCAGUUCCUCUUCGAUUUAGGACGAUGGAUGUUAAUGCUUUCAUCGGAAAUGCUGCACUGUGUGGAGAACCGUUACAAUCAUGCCCAACCGAGACUCGUUUGGAAAAGGGGAUUAGAAGAACACAAAAUCUCGCUUGGGUACUUAUAGUAUGUGCUUGUGUUGUCCUUUUCAUAACAGCUACACUUUUCGGCUUACUUUACUUGAGAAGACGAGUAAAUAGCAAGUGGAAAAUGGUGUCGUUCAAUGGGAUUCCUCAGCUUACUCCAAACGAGAUCUUAAAGAGCUUUAAUUCAGCCGUUUCUUGUAAAGCUGUCCUCCCCACAGGAAUUACAGUUCUGGUGAAGAGGAUGAUGAUCAAGUGGGAUGCGAAGGAAACAAUGGAAUUUAUAACCCGGUUGGGAAAUGCAAGGCAUAAGAACUUGACAAGCUUGUUGGGCGUUUGCUAUAACGAGAAUACUGCAUAUAUAUUGUAUGAUUACUCGCCCGAUGGGAAUUUGGCUGAAAAGUUGAGCAUGAAGACCAGUUGGCCAACUAAGUACAAAAUAAUAGUUGGGAUUGCAAAGGGACUCGUCUUUCUUCAUCAUGAUUGUUCUCCUCCAAUACCUCAUGGUGGCUUGAAAACUGUCAAUAUAGUUUUUGAUGAAAAUAUGGAGCCUCGUUUAGCUGAAACUGGGUUCAAAUUCUUGAGUAUGACUGAUACAGGCAAGGAAACAGGUAAGGAGGAACUCUACAUGGACAUAUACAACUUUGGACAGAUGAUUCUAGAAGUCUUGACAAAUGGUAAUGCAAAACAUGAUGAAGUGAGUAAACCAACCGAGGCUCUCUUAAGAGAGAUUUAUCUUGAGAAUGGAGUUGUCUCCUCUAAAUCCUCCAUUGCUUUUCAAGAGGAGAUCAAAUUGGUCCUUGAAGCUGCUUUGCUCUGCACUCAAAAUAGACCAUCCAUGAAAGACGUUUUACAGCUUCUUGUGUCAGGUUUGAAGCCAUAAAUGAGGAAAUUCAAUAUUAGUUACAAGAUGUAUACAUAAUAUAUGUUAAUAUUAUCUUUUACCAUACAAAAUUAUUGAUUCGAUUGCGAGUGUAUGCUGUUGUACUUUGUUAAUAAUAUAGUUGGCCUUGGCUGUGUUUUAUAUAAACGUGUCGAAAAACAACAAGGAAUAAGAAUGUGAUACUUGUCAUUUACAUCCGAA